AUUUCGGUGUCUGUUUUUUUCACAAUCAAGGUGGCAGCCUUAAAAGCACAGUUAGCUACAGCCGGGAAACCAUCUGGUUUCGCUUUGCUCGACAGCAAUGGCCGCUUGUCCCAGAGUCUCCUUGUGGCGGGUUAUGACAAGUACUCUUUGUACGACUUGGGCUGGCAGUCUCUUCACAUGGCAGCCUCUGCUGCCUGUAGAGGAAGCACUAGUUCAGGGGGUAGUGGCUGCUGUGAAAACGUUGUCCUUGUGCGUAACACGGCUGAUAAGAAGACCUGCUCUCAGAUCUGUGCCCAGUCUCCGUUUUCCAACUGUGAUGGAGAAGUUUCCAUCCACGGAAAAACAGGAAAAGCCACUCAAAACGGAGAGAAGAUUGGCGCGUUCUACAACUAUGAAUGCGGUCACGUGGCUAACGGAGGGAGUGAAGUGUCACGAUCUGAAAGUGACAUUACUCGGUUCCCAGACCCAUAUCCCUAUUACAGCUUUUGCUGCUGCCGGAAAUAAAAGUACGAGUGUAAACAG